UGUCCGGGGAAUUUUCUGUUUCAUGUUAGCUAAAAGUAUUUUUCCGUUUGGAAAAAUUGGACGAGGGCUGCUGGUAAGCAUCGAUAUAUAUUACACUUACAUGAAGUUGUUUUUGUAAAAAUAUUUAUAAACACGUGACAAGGAAGACACUAGUUUUCGUAGUCGUUACGAGAGUCGUGCACACGUAUUGAAAAAAAAUGGAGGAUUUCGUGCACGGCGAAACCAACAUGUCCAACAAUACUCAAUUGAGUCUGAAAUCCACGGGAUAUAGAAAGAAAAAGAAUAAGAAUAAAAAGAAGAAGAAGAAGAAGGUAUCUAACAAUGCCAAGAUGGAACUUAGAGACCAAGCUAGUACUUCUGAUACUAUAGAAAACAAGGAUGGUGAUGGGCCACCCAAAGUGUCUUCUCUCCUGACUGAGUCCAAGGUUAAGAUCACUUGUUUGGAAACUCUUUCACAAAGGGCACAGAAGUAUAAAAACGUAGGAAAUGUAUAUUUCAAAAUGGGACAAUAUGAUGAAGCUAUUACUCAAUAUGAUAAAGCAAUCGAAAUUUGUCCAAAGGAGAAACUGAAUGACCUCGCGAUUUUUUAUCAAAAUAGAGCUGCUGCAAAUGAGCAAUUGAAAAAAUACAGUUCUGUGAAGGCAGAUUGUACAAAAGCGUUAGAACUAAAUUCAAGAUAUAUUAAAGCUUUGCUACGUCGGGCACGUGUUUUGGAGCAAUCAGGGGACUUGGAAGCCGCUUUGAAAGAUUUGAUUAGCGCGUGUAUUCACGACGAUUUUUCUAAUAACACUUUCCUUGCAAAGACAUAUGAGAUCUGCCAUAAUCUUGUGGAACAACAAGCUUAUGAAAAUUUGGCAAACAAAGAGUUUGUAUUGCCAAGUAAAUACGCCAUCGAAAUCUACAUGCAUAUCCCUAAGGAUCCAGUAUUUUUGAGACUUCAACAUCCAAACAAUUUUCCACAAUUUUUUAAAAAACCGUUAGAAGCGUUAAAAAACGCAGAAUAUGAUGAUGUAAUACCGCUAUGCACAGAAAUUAUUCAAAGUGCCGAAUUUGAUAAAUUACCUCCGUCUAAAUUAGAGGUAUUAUUAUUACGAGCUACAUUUUACGUACUUUCGGGCGACUACGUUUCUGCAAUCCAAGAUUUUGAAAGUAUACUAAAUAACGAAAAUGUAUCCGAUGACAUAAAAAUAUGUGCCUUGGUAAAAAGAGCGAAUAUAUACAUGCAACUUGAGAUAUUCGAAAUAGCUUUCAAGGACUUCGAAUUAGCCAUUAGUAUAAAUCCACAUUAUGGCGAUAUUUACUAUCAAAGAGGACAGACAUAUUUACUUAUGGAAAGACUAUGCGAAGCUAGGCACGAUUUUGAAAAGGCCGUUGAAUGCAAUUCAAACUUCGGAUUGGCAUACUUGCAAACAUGUUACAUGGAUUUUAGUUUUGCGGACGAUAAUAUGAAUUUAAGAUUGGUCAAAGUGGCAGUGAAAAAAUUGGAAAGAGCUUUCAAAAAAUUCCUAAAUCCUCCUGAAAUUAUAUUUUGUUCUACGCUGUAUGCUGACAUAAUGUCCAAAACAGAUCAUCACCAAAACUUCCAAAAAGUUGAUGCUUGUCUUGUUAAAACAAUACAGAAAUAUCCGGAGUAUGCGUAUGUCUAUGAAACGAGAGGCUUAUUGCAAUUCAAGCAUGGUAGUGUCAAUAAAGCAAUAGAAUGCUUUAACAAAGCGAUAGAAUUGGAUUACAAAUGCGAAGUUGCAUAUAAAGAAUUAGCAAAAAUUGAAAUGCAAAUAGGUAACGAGAAAGCAGUAAGGUUAUUUGAUGAGGCUUCAAUAAUCUGUCGUACAUAUGUGGGACUAUUGCAAAUAUACCUCUUCAGAAACUUUGCGAAAGUACAAUUUGAUAUAAAGAAUGAAUUAGGAAACGUUCCUCUAAUCUUUCAUAUGCUUCCUCAUUUGAUCGCCAUAGAAAGAAACCCGAUGGAACAAUCCGAUUGGCCUAAAAUGAUUUCUCCCGCUGUCGAACUGAAGAUUCCUUUACAAAUGGCGCAGAAGUAUAACAACAUAGGAAAUGUAUAUUUCAGAAUGGGAAAACCGGAUGAAGCUAUAGCUCAGUACAGUAAAGCUGUCGACAUCUGUCCAAAGGAAAAUGUCGAGAAUCUUGCGAUUUUUUAUCAAAACAGAGCUGCUGUGUAUGAGCAAUUGAAAAAAUAUAGUUCUGUAAUAGCAGAUUGCACAAAAGCGUUGGAAUUAAAUCCAAAAUAUAUGAAAGCUCUGCUACGUCGGGCACGUGUUUCGGAGCAAAUUAGAGAUUUGGACGUCGCCAUGAAGGAUUUGACUACAGUAUGUGUUCACGAAGGAUUUUCUAAUCAUGCUUCUCUUGUAAAGGCAGAUAAGGUCUUAGAUAAGCUUGUAAUACAACACGCUGAAGAAAGUUGGGUGAAUAAAAAGUUAAUUUUACCAAUUAAUCAUGACAUCGAUAUAUAUAUUUUAUCUUUAAGACUUCAACGUCCAGAAAAUAUUCCAGAAUUUUUCAAGAAACCGUUAAAAGCAUUAAAAGAUAAGAAAUAUGAUGAUAUAAUACCGCUAUGUACGGAAAUCAUUGAAAGUUCGGAAUUUGAUACAUUAUCUUCAACUAAAUUAGAGGUGCUAUUAUUACGAGCUACUUUUUACGUACUUUUGGGAAACUAUAGUGCUGCAAUUCAAGAUUUUGAAAACGUACUUAACAGCGAAGAUGUGUCCAAUGACUUGAAGAUAAACGCCCUGAUAAAGAGAGCGGACUUAUACAUGCGAUUCAAAGAUUCAGAAAUGUCUUUCAAGGACUUCGAAUUGGCCAUUAGUAUAAAUUCAACAUGUAGCGACAUCUACUAUCAUAGAGGACGGGCACUUGUGUUCAUGGACAAAGAAAAUCAGGCUAAGCUCGAGUUUGAAAAGGCCCUUAAAUACAAUCCAAACUUCAGCAAUGCGUAUAUACAAAAAUGUUACAUGGAUUAUUAUAUUGCGGUAUCAAAUGAUGAUAUGAGAUUAGUCAAAGCGGCUAUCAAAACUUUUGAGAGAAUCUUUGUAAAGUAUCCAAAUCUUCCUGAAUGUACAUGGUGUUAUAUAAUGUAUGCUGACAUGUUGUCCCAAAUUGAACAAUACCGAAAGGCUGAUCGUUGUUUUAUUAAGGCAAUGGAGAAAGAUCCUAAGUGCGCAGCUAUAUAUGCAAACAGGAGCUUACUACACAUGCGGAUUGAUAAUGUUGAUAAAGCUGUGGAAUAUAUAAACAAAGCGAUAGAGAUUGAUGGAAAAUAUGGACGGGCAUAUGGAGCACUAGGAAUCAUUGAAGUAAAAAGAGGAAACAUAGAGGAAGCAAUAAGGUUAUUUGACAAAAGUGUAACAUACUGUAAAAUGUUCAAGGAACAGCUAGACAUAUACAAUUUGAGAGAAGCAGCAAAAAUUGAACUUUAUAUAAAGAAUCAAUUAGGACAUAUUCCUUGCUUACUUCGAGCAUUCACUCGAUUCGUUGAUAUAGAAAAGACAGCAGAACUCCUGGAUUGUUUAAUCAGUUAAGUUUUUAUAUUAAGGUAUCAAUUUUGAAUGCGAUAUAUAUAAAGGAUGUCCUAAAGAGUGAAGUAUUCAUUAUUG